CUGGCUACUUUGAUCGCAAACGUCAGCUUGAGGUAAUCAAAAUGAACAAGAUCAUCCUCGUUGCUGCUUCCCUUACGGCUGUUUUGGCUGUUGCCUACGGAGCAGCCUGUCCGGCCAGCAGUGUUACCUUGGCCUGUGGCCUCUUGGCCAAGCACAAUGCCGGCAUCCUUCAUUUGGCCACCAGGCACCCAUCUGGCGUGGUCGACUCGGCCUUUGCCUACAACAACAUCAAGGACAUGUGUGAUGGUUUGGCCGCUCACAGAUCACACUACACCUGCUCUGAGUGCCCGUCCCCAGGCGCUCCAGGAGGCACCGUCUGCCUCACCCACAACCUGCUCAACUACCUGACCCACUUGGUCGCCAGGGGUCAGGUUAUUGUCAACGAACUGGCCGGUGCCUGCCACACCUGUGGUUCCAGACAUUACAACGGUCAAGCUGUUGACCUCCACAACGACGGCAGAAGUGCCGAGUACCUCAGCACAUGCACGUCUAUGGGAGGAUGGGGACAAAAUGAAGGCAACCAUAUCCACUGUCAGUUCUACGACUAAGAUCUGCCUACUGUGUCUUUGUACAUACUUAAAUGCCUGUCUGAUAAAUACAACACUGGCCAGGCUAAUAGCCGGUCAGUGGGUUGAU